CCUAUCUGUUUCUGAAUGAACGUCUCUGCCGAAAUCCCUCCCACUUCGUGUAAGCGCUAAGUUAUCUGGGUUUUUGCGAAACCUGUGGUACUUUAAAAAGGCAAGCCUCUCACGAAGAGAAGAAAACCGGUCCGAGUUUGCCCGCUGAACGUCUCGUUCUCUAUUUGAGCAUGCAGGUGUCUCUAGCGCUCGUGCAGUGCGGCGCGCGGCUGUUGCUGCUGCUGCUACAGGGAUGUUUCACAGCUGCGCACGGAUGGAGAGCUUUAAAAAAUGAUGCUACAGAAAUUAUACCAGAAUACACGGAGGACACGAAUAGACCUGAGGAGCAGAUACAAAUUUCUAAUAACAACACAAUGAACCGAGCUAAGAACGGAGGAAGGAGGUCAUCAGCCAACUCACGUACUUAUGGAGCCUCUGAACUAAGCUGCCGGGAGCUGCGCUCUACCCGCUAUGUAACCGAUGGAUCUUGCCGCAGCGUCAAACCUGUGAAAGAACUGGUGUGUUCUGGUCAAUGCCUUCCAGCUCACUUGAUGCCAAAUUCGAUUCUAAGGGGAAAAUGGUGGAGAAGCAGCUCAUCCGAUUACCGCUGCAUUCCCGCUCACUCCCGCACCCAGCGGAUACAGCUCCAGUGUCCUAACGGACCAAACCGGACAUACAAAAUCCGAGUAGUCACAUCUUGCAAGUGCAAACGCUACACUCGCCAUCACAACCAAUCGGACGUCAAGGAGUUGUCCUCCAAGAAGCCACGACGCAAUAAGAAGCACCGUAGCAAAGUGCCAUCGGUCAACAGCAAUUCGUACUGAGGGGAAAACAUGAACUGAUACAGAAACUCUCUCUUGCACACAUACAGAUACACUUAUAUACAUAUGCACACACAUUUCAGAAACUGCAAUCCUCAACUACAAGGGAAGGAAUAAACGCAUUAGCUUUUAACAAAUGUGUUGGCGUGCCAACAAGUUUCCAAUGUAUUUCAGAUGUCUCACUGUUUGUAUGUGCUCUUGAGCCGAAAUAGUCCCAGUGUGAUCACAGAAUGCCAGCGGACUAAUGGACGCUUGAGUAAAAGACGUAUGCUGUUAUGUGAGAUUAGUUCAGGGAAUGAUGGCAUUCUGAGGAAGGAGGAAUAACUCCAUAUAUUCUUGCCCAAGCAGUUCAUUUCGAGUUUGAAGUUCAUUGAAAGGGUAAGCUAACUACAGGAAAGCACGCUGAGCACUCAACCAAUCCACCAAGCGCUCGUGUGAAUGUUUGUGUACCAGAUUUGUCCUCCUCUUCUGGGACUUGGAGCAGUGUGUGAUUUGACCGUCCAGCCGUGUCGGGCCCAAAAGACACGCGGCUGCUGACAGAUUGCUGAGGCCCAGAAUUCUUAACCUUGGUCAAUUUGACCAGCCCACGAGUCCUCUUGACGGGCUGGGGAGCCGAGCCAGUCACCACGUGAGUUUCUACAACUUCACAUUUCCACAAGAAACUGAUCGGAACUGGCAGUUACGGAGAGUUCGAAAAGUUGUGUCAGCCCUCCGCGGUCCAAGUCCCCAGAGGUCAAGAACCGCAAACGAUAUUCCUGUGACUUGUCCUAAUUACCAAAUAGGUCCAUUCCUGUGUUUAGGAUUUGAGUCAUAAAAAGCCAUUUCCUCUAGACAUGGUCAGUUCCUGUUUGUUAGAACACCCGAAAAAGAGGCCCACAUGUGUGCAAGAAUCUGCAGCAAUUCCUCCCGGGCAAAGAACCUUUCUGCACCCUCCUUCAAUGGAAACCAUUUGGAGAUAUUCAGCUAUCUGCAAUCGCUAGCAGGUUACCUACAUCCAUUACUGAAGUCUUCAGAAAAGAUGUCAUCCUUCCGGUCUCGUGACCGGAAACGAAGAGACAAAUAAGUGAACCAAACUUUGAAAUUGUGAUCUGGAUGUUGAUUUUACACAGGAUAAAGAGAUAAGAGAAUGCCAAUUGUUCAACAUUUUCUGCUCGUGACUUCCCCGCCUUUUUUUUUCUUCUCCAGAUCAGUGCUGAUAAUACUUGCUUAUUUUUCAAUUGUGUAUUUGAAAUAGCAACUGGAAGGGAUUUUUAUAAUGUAAGCAGACUUGCCAUGAAUAGCAACUUGUACAUACUGUACCUGUGUGGUCUCAUUGAGUGGCAUCCUCCUCCAAAGAAUGGAUCCCCACUCUCUGUCGACCAAAAGACUGUUACAGAGAAUGAAUUGCGUAUUUAUUUUUUCAAUUUCAUCAUUUAAAUUAUUUAUGCAAUCUUUUGUAGAAAAUAAUAGCCAUUAUUGUACUAUAUGUAAUUAUAGUGAAUUUCAUAACGAAAAAGAGUUCAUGAAUAAAGUUAAGCAACAUAUAUAUGUGAAAAGAAGUGUGUUUGUUAUCAUUCU